AUGGUUCAAAUAAUCAUAAGGGGCAAUGUGGACAGCGUCAGCCCACCUGAGUGGCUACUGGUGGAACUGCAGGGGGAAAUUGUUUCCAGACACAACACUGGUCUAGCAGGAAAUGUGAUGGGAGACCUUCUCUACACCAAAGAUGGUGUUCCAGUGCUAAUUGUAGGGCAUCACAUCCUGUAUGGGAAGGUGGUCAAACUGGAGAAACCAUUUGCAGUCCUCACAAAGCACUCUGGACAUGCGCAGGAUACCGGAAGUAGCCAUGUCCAUGAUGAUGAAAACCAAGCACCCAUGGAAACUGACCAGCAAGGACUCACCUCAACCUCUUAUUCUGUAUCUGCCCUCAUCAAGAGGAAACUCAUUUUCAAGACACGCCCCAAGCCUAUCAUCACUAAUGUACCCAAGAAGUUGUAG